GUGUACAUUGUUUGUUUGUUGCAAAAUUACAAAUGUUGGAUAAAAAUGAUUUUUUUUCUUGAGCUGAAUAUUUAUUAAUUUCCGAGAGGUUGAUUAUUAAAGCGACAGUUUUUUCUUCUUUUUUUUGGAGUAAAUUUCGUUCCUUUUCUAUGAGUGUUAAUUAAACGGAUCUUGAAAUCAAAUCCUUUCGAAAGUAAUGACUGCGUUAUUGCAGUGCUUAGAAAAUAACUUUUGAAAUAAAACUGGAAUUUAUAAAUAUAUAACUCUAAAAAAAGAAAAGAAAAUAAGAACGAUAAGUCAUGUCGACAAUCGUACCUGAAAAUGUGUCGUAUGCUCACAAUUCAACCGAUGCAGCAGCUUACGACAGAAGUAAUGUAACGAUGACGUCACCAGAAACGACUGCAAUAUCCACAGCGGUAACGGAGACCAAGACCAAACCCGUAACUGGAACAACGACAGUAGAAAACAAAGGCACACAUUUUACAAAACAAACUAAAACAACAAGUACGGUACGACCAAGUACAAAAACGAAUAAUGUUCACACUAAAAGAACGACAAAAGAACAAAUUGGAACAACUACUACUAAAGUAACAACUAAUGCAUCAUCUACUACCAUAGGAGUCUUCACAGAUGUAACCUCUACUAGAGUGUCACAUCCGGUUAUACAAAAAAGUACUACCUUUAGAAGGACCACAAAUGACAACAUUUCAACUAAGUUUCCUUCCUCCAAUGCAACACUUAACUCUUCCGUCUCCACGAUGGCCGUUAGUACAAAUGUGGACGGGUCCGCCAUGGUAGUGAAAAGAAUAAGUGAUGACUGCGCGGAAACGAUCGCAAUAGUAUCGGGAGUAUGUGCCGGUCUAGUGUUACUGACUCUACUUGGGUCUGUGCUGUGUUUCUAUAGGCUACGUCACAAGUGGAGGGCAAAGGUUCAGUUGGAACGCAAGAAGACGGACAUCUGGUCAAUGGCAACUUACAAUAACACAAUUAUAAAUGAAAACUUCAGCGAUUACCAACUAGCAUCAACAACAAACAAGCAAAACCGCAAAGCUUCGAAAUUUUCAGAAGAUUCUAUCCACUUUUAUGACCCGUUCUCAGAAACCGUCUCACAAAGCCGGUUUGCUUCAAACCAUGACGACAUUGUGUUGCGUAAUGAAACACUGUCGCCGGAGUCACGUGCUGAUUAUUCAACGCUGAGACGAAAUACAGUCAGUGCGCCUGAGGAGCUGGAUACAAAACUUCAAGCGUUAAGAGUAGAACCUGAUUACCUAGAGUUCAGUGAAGAUAGAAAUACAUUGAGAGGUCGUUCGUCUACCUUUACAGUGGGAAGAAAGAAUAAUAUAGAUAGACAUGUAUUGUUGAGUCACGAAGAACUAGUGGACGACCAAUCAGUCGUUGGCAUUGCACAGACUGGUCCUAAAUACAAUGCCCGAACUAAUAGUUACCAUAUUACAGAACUUUAAAUUCACGUGUGGAAUUGAUUUUGAACAAAUAUCUUAUAAUC